CGAAUAUCCCAUGGGCCUAUGAUGAUUCUGACCCCUAAUGGCAGGUUUGAACGCGCAAACUCGAUUCAGACAUUCUCUUAGUCAAGAUGUAGGUCAUGCGGUAAGAUAAGAGAGAGCAGACGCAAGGACUUGCACUUAAAGGUCUAGUAUCGAUGAAAAGGCUUCUCUUCUUCUCUUUUACUAAAUGGGCGCCGUCCCCGCGCCGCCUCUCUUUCCUCCACUUUCUACAAACAACAGACAAACAGUUCUGAAAAACAUAUAUAUCACCACUGAUCUUCAGCUUCAACUGAUUCUCCAGAAACCCACCAGGCACCCAGAACCAUGGCACCCCACGCAAACGGAGAAUCCACCACUGGAAGCAGCGUCCUCAAACCCACCGCUGCUGCGUUCCAGCCGAUAGCGGCCCAUCAAGGAUCAAAUUAUCACUCUACGUCAACAGCAGAAGCAAUUGAGGCCGAACACAAAUACGCAGCACAUAAUUACCACCCAUUACCAAUAGUGUUCGCUCGCGCAGAAGGGUGCAAUGUUUGGGACCCUGAGGGAAAGCAUUAUAUCGACUGCUUGUCUGCAUAUUCUGCAGUCAAUCAAGGGCACUGUCAUCCUGAGCUGGUGAAGGCUCUCUGCGAACAGGCCUCACGACUCACUCUCUCCUCGCGCGCAUUCCAUAACGAUGUCUUCCCGAAGUGGGCUGAGAAGGUUAAGGAAGUCUUUGGGUACGAUAUGGUCCUGCCCAUGAACACAGGCGCAGAAGCGGUUGAGACUGCCAUCAAGAUUGCAAGGAAGUGGGCAUAUAAAGUCAAGAAGGUUCCACAAGACAAGGCAUUGGUGUUUGCUGCUGCUGAGAACUUCCAUGGCCGGACAAUGACAGCGAUUUCUAUGUCCAUUGACCCUGAAUCCCGAGACAACUACGGCCCAUACGUACCGGGCGUUGGUGCCAUCUGCCCGUCUACAAAGAAGACAAUCCGCUUCGGCAACGUUGCUGACUUGGAAGAGGCAUUGGAGGCACACGGAAAGGAAACCGCAGCUUUUAUCGUUGAGCCCAUCCAGGGCGAAGCAGGUGUCGUUGUCCCCGCAGAUGACUAUCUUACCAAAGUCCAAGCACUUUGCAAGAAGCAUAACGUCCUUUUGAUUUGCGACGAGAUCCAGACUGGAAUUGGACGGACCGGCAAGAUGUUGUGCUCGGAGUGGGCUGGUAUCAAGCCAGACAUGGUUACACUUGGAAAGGCCAUUUCUGGUGGCUUGUAUCCAGUGUCCUGUGUUCUGAGCUCGAAGGAAAUCAUGCUCACUAUUGAGCCUGGAACUCACGGCUCAACCUACGGAGGAAACCCUUUGGGAUGUGCGGUCUCCAUUCGUGCUCUUGAGAUCAUGGAGGAAGAGGACUUGACUGCUCGUGCUGAGGCUCUAGGCAAGAUCCUCCGUCAAGGUCUGGAGGAUCUGAAGUCACCCAUGAUCAAGCUCGUCCGAGGAAAGGGACUGUUGAACGCUAUUGUCAUCGACGAGUCAAAGACUGGUGGACAUUCAGCUUGGGAUCUCUGCAUGCUCAUGAAGAGCAAGGGUCUCCUGGCUAAACCUACGCACGAGAACAUAAUCCGUCUUGCUCCCCCAUUGGUCAUUAGCGAGGCCCAAAUCAAAGAAGUCCUUCGCAUCAUCAGCGAAUCUAUCACCGAGUUACCAGAAUUGAAGGGAAAGAACGAAGACGAAGUCAUUCCUAAGAGCGAGAAGGGCGUUCACAUCGGAUUGGAU